GAUACGCGCAGACUCAUAGUCGCUGCUGUUGAAUCUCUUGUCUAGUCGUUAUCAAAUAAAAAUGGCAGAUUGAUAUGUCCACAACGAUGAUUGUGAUCACAUCACGGGGCAAUGAACCAUUCUUUGCUGAAUGAACAAAAGGCGGUUACUAUUGACCGAUUACUCGCUAGGACAAGUUUUGUGCGCGUUACAUACAUGCGUAGUUUUCAUUUUUCUUCAGUUUUUUUCAAUCGUUAUAAUUAUGCAUAUAUUAGAAUUAUCCGGUAUAUAUGUGUUUUGUGUUUUAUGGCAUUGCUCUUUUAAUCAGCAGAUGCUUAGCAAAUAACAUUUCAGCCACAAAACAUGAAGAAAUGGCGAGUUCUAAUUUUAUUCGGAGUGACGCAAUUGAUUCCGAAAAUGUUGAUGAUGCCAGCGUAAGUGCACCGACAGUAAUUUCUAGGAAUCCACUCCUUUGCAGCAUUUGCCACGAUUAUUACAAUGAUCCAUGCCUUCUAUCUUGCUUUCACACAUUUUGUGUGCGUUGUCUUCGUGGUCCACAACUGGAUGGCAAAAUAUCUUGCCCAAUUUGUGGGCAAACAACGCAGAUGAAGGAUGGAGCACAGCAGCCACCGAUCGAUCAAUUAAUGCGGCAACUUGUCGAAUUGGCCAAUUGUGAAAAUCCACCCUGUGCCAAUUGCGAGAAGCGCGACAAGACUACUAUGUUUUUCUGCACCACUUGUGGCCAAGCGUUAUGCACGCACUGCAGAGAACACACACAUCGAGCCAAGAUGUUUUCAUCACAUGAAGUUAUACACAUGAGUAAGUGUAAGAAGGAUACGCAAAGACGAUGUCAUAGUCAUGGUGAACAAUAUAUUAUGUUUAAUCAAACCGAUAAGUGCAUGCUAUGUGCUACAUGUUUUCGUGAUACACCAGCUGAUGUACGACUUCAUUGUGUUGAUAUUGACACAGCUUGGCAACAAACCUCUAAAAAAAUGGAACAUGCCGUGAAUUCGAUUUGUGAACUGCAAGCGGCGAUGCGUGAAGGACUACUCGAUCUCAAAUCACAACUCGACGAACUCAAGCACAACGUCGAUACAGAAAAGCGAGGGCUCAACGCCUAUUGUCAGGGGAUUCAAGAGGCAGUAAACAAAACCCACUCUACAGUAUUAUUAGAACUUCAUCGUGACUUUGAUAUAAAAGAGAAGAUGGUACGGACGCAACUUUUAUCAUUAGGUAUUGUAUUACCUGCUCUCCAAACGCACCUUGGACUAUGCACAGCAUUCACAAGUGCAACGAGCAAGUACCAAUUCUUGGAAUUAGCACACCCGAUGCUCGAACGGCUUGGUCGUGUUGCUCAAUUGGGACAUUUAUCGAGACCGCCUUUGUUAAAUGCCCAUCUUAAUAGUAGUUAUAAAAGUGAAUUCGCACGAACUCUGCAACCUUUUGUUAUUGGUUUAGCUUUAAUGCCCAAAGAAAUUAUUUACGAUCAUAUGCAAUUACAAUCUUCUCAGAAACAGGAUACUCACUUGAUACAGCAAUGUAAAUCAGACUUAAAACUUCAAACAAAAAGUGUAUAUGAAUCUAGCCGAUUCAAUAAUCACUGUAAAAUAUUUGAUAAUGAAUUACAAGAAUUAAGUAAUCAACUGAAAACAGUUAAAGAACGAUUAGGGGAACUUCAUCGAGACGUCACGUUGUUACGAAGAGCUAAUACUCUAACAUUGGGAACUCGAUAUGAAAAUGUAUCUCGAGACUGCAGUUUAUUAGAACAACAAUUAGAAUACCAGCAAGUAGAAUUAGAAAGAUUACGUACAAUGUUUGAUGCACUUUGGGAAGAGCAAUAUUCCCGUAUUCAAUUAGAAAAAGAAAUCUUUUACUCUCAAAUGAAUAACAUAUUAUCGCUCAAAGGCGAAGUGAAACAGUUACAUACAGUCGCACAACAAUUAGAACCAUUCAUUAAAUCUUUCGUAACAGGCAUAAAUCCCAGUGAAUUAAAUACGAUUGCUUCAGAUAUCAAUAGUCAAAAACAUUUUCAAGCUUUGUUAGAUCAUUUAGGAUGUUUAAAAAUACAAGAGCCCACAACACCAUCAACCAAAGAAUAUCGCCAUCAACGAAAUUGUAGUGCGAAUGAUAAUGCGAUGUACACUAAAGAUUCAAAAGAAAUUCCAACUCGUUGUAGAACGCCAUGUAGUGGCACUGAAACUGUCUUAGAUUCAAGUGGAAAUAUAGUUGUAUAUGAAACGAAAUUAGAGUCAAAAAGAGGUGUUCUUAGUCAACUGAUCGAGAAAGCCCGAAUCAAAGAAGACAGAAAGAAAUCGACUGGCAGUGAAGAGGUACGUGAUCGAAGUCAUACUCGUCGAUCUCGAAAAUUUCCAGAGAACAUUAAGCCAAAAACCCCCCCUGGACAUUCAUCAACCAGUAAAGUUCUUUCCCUUUAUCGAACAUUAAAAGGUGGUAAUUGCGGAAAUGAUGUAUCCAUCGAAGUUAUUGAGCACCAAGUUAGUAAUCUUCCACCACAGCAGUUGAUACAUCAAGAUGACGAAUAUGAAUACCAACGGAUAUCAGAAGCUUCAAGCGUGGGUGAGGUAAAAAAACGAGUUCAAGCUCAAGUACAUCCAGUACCUGAAGAAGUGAUAUCAUUAAAAAACUCUGAAGAUAUGCUCUACGCAAACGAAACAACUUCGGUAAAUAAAAGAGAACGACGGCGCAGGCGAGCUAGCUGUGAUAGUCUAAGCACUGGUUCUGAGAGUCGACGGUCUAGCAUUACUGACGGGGCGCAAGGUUUAUCUGCCCAAGAUACAGGGAAGACUCUCGUUUUCUUAAUUGGAUCAUCUCCUACAUCAUCAUCGUUAACGCAUAAACAGCGUUCUUGGGAAACAUUUCCUCGCCCUAAGAGUAAGCGCAACAUUUGUGUUUCUUAUGGCAACACUAAUAGUGGUAAUGUUAGCGGAGAUGGAGAUAGUAUAAAAAAAGCAGAUAGUUUCGAAGGUCACGAAGAAGCUGUACGUACCCUUGUUGCAGCUGUCCAAGAAACACGUUCCCAACUUCGCCAACAUCAUUUUCACCAGCACCGUUACCACCGUAAAAACAAAACAAAUUAAGUAAAAACUAAUAUGACUAAAAUUGGUAACAGUUGAAAUAAAUUUUUAACUUAUUUUUCGGUGAUAUUAACUACUUACAUGCAAAUUUAACAUAAUAAUUUACAUUUAUGUGCAACUGCUGUGACAUCAUUUUACACUCAAUAGAUAUCACAAUGAUAAUUCAUUGGAUUUUACAAUUUUUGACAGAAACUGAUUUAUUUUAUUUUUACAUUUUAAUUCAAAAUACAU